CUCUCUUCUCUUUCUCUCUCCUUCUCUACGCGCCUGUUCCAGAAAAAAAAAUAAAAAAUCAAGUCUUUCCAUAUCUUUCUCUGUACUCAGCUUUUAAUAACUUUAACAUAAGAAAUUGCAUGUCUUUCUUGCUAUUGCGGUCUUGCUUCUGUUCAUGGCGAAAGCCCGUCCACCGAGAAGAACAGUAGAUUCCUACACGAUUAAAGGAACCAACAAAGUUGUUCGAGCUGGGGACUGCGUGCUUAUGAGACCCUCGGACUCGUCGAAGCCCCCUUAUGUGGCCAAAGUGGAGAAAAUUGAAUCCGAUAGUAGAGGUCAUGUGAGGGUUGAGGUUCGCUGGUAUUAUCGACCUGAGGAAUCGAUCGGUGGUCGCAGACAGUUCCAUGGUGCGAAGGAGGUCUUUCUUUCCGAUCACUAUGAUGUGCAGAGCGCCGACACCAUCGAGGGCAAGUGUACCGUUCACAGCUUCAAGAGCUAUACCAAGCUUGAUGCCGUUGGUAACGAGGAUUUCUUCUGCCGCUUUGAGUACAAUUCCUCCACCGGAGCCUUCAAUCCCGACAGAGUUGCUGUAUACUGCAAGUGUGAAAUGCCUUACAAUCCUGAUGACCUGAUGGUUCAGUGUGAGGGCUGCACUGAUUGGUUCCACCCCCAUUGUAUAGAUCUUACUCCAGAGGAAGCGAAAAGACUUGAACACUUCUUCUGUCAAGGUUGCUCCUCUGAAGAUCAGAAGAAGCUGAACAGCUCUCACAAUGCUUCUAGACACCCAGAAACAAAGGUGGAUACCAAACGCCGAAGGAGGUGAUAUGGUUACCUUUACAUACAUAUGCAGCAAGAUAGAGAUAUUCUUAAGUAAUCUUGGUCUCUCUCUCUCUCUCUCUCUCUCUCUCGGAGGCUUUUAGGCAAACAGAAAUUUAGAGAAACUUAUCGUUAGCAGCAUAUUAUGGGAAUGAGGCUGGUUCACAUACUGUCAUAUCUAAUUUGGUCUGGGUGUUUGUAAAGCCACACCUUUCCCAUGGAAGUUCAAGGAGGUUCUUGUUGGUCUGUAAAUAGGUAUCAUAACUCUCCUGUUUUCUGGGUUUCUGUGUCCCGUCUCAAGUUCUUCUAUAUAUAUCAUCCCAACCCAUAAGAUGCAAGACUAUUUCAGAUGUUUCUUUAUUCAUGGCGUUCUCUUUUACUCUCCAACUCCUGCCAUAUUUUUAUUGGAUUGUGUCGAAAUGAAUGGGUUUCCCCCUUGUUGAGGCAUACAUAACAUUUAAAGGACAUAACAUUUAAAGGGAAGGGACUUCUCUGA